CCACCUACGUACAAUAGUUUAUACAUUAUUGCCGAGAGCCUGCAUUACACCUGUUCUCUGUCUUCGUAUGUAUGUAUUAUACAGACAAUGAACAUUGGUAAAGCUGGGAAUCCAGUUAUUUCAGCCAAGUUGCAUGGCUAUGGGUCUGGUGCCAUUCUGAUGUAUGACACUACCAGGAGAGAGUCGUUUGUGAAAUGUCCUGGCUGGAUUGAUGCCUUUAAAAACCAUGCCUCCAAAGAAGCGGUUCUUCUUCUCUUGGCAGACAGGAGAUCACGGAAUAACUAUGAACUGUUUGCUUUUCCCCACCUCCUGUGCAGUCAUGAGAGCUCUAAAUGA